AUGAGUGAUGAUGUUGAAAAUGAAUGUAUUGAUUUUAAAAAAUUUAAACGCCAAAAAAAGUAUAGAUGUUUAUGUCAUUGUAUACAUAUUAAAAAUGGUGCUUUUAUAAUGUCAUUAUGGGCAGCCUUAUUAGUAUUUCUAAAUAUUACUGUUAAAGUUAUUGGUUUCUCAGAUACAGAUUGGAAUUGGAUGCUCCUUUUUUUAAUAACUGAUGGUGUUGCUGUUUUAUCAUUAAUUUAUGGUAUCAAAACAGAAAAACCAGCAUUAAUACAACCAUUUAUAGUUUUAAGUUUAUUAACAAUACCAUUAUUAUUUUUAUUGGUUAUAUUUUUUACAACAGCCAUUUAUGAUCAAGAAUCAUUUGCGGGUCAUUAUAUAGAAACUGAAUUUAUAAGAAAAUCAUUUAAAAAUUUUCACAAAUUUUCAAGCACAGAUAUUAAACAUGAAAUAAAAAUUUCAGCCAUUUUUUAUGUAACAUUUCUUUCAACAAUAGCAUUACUUCAUGUAUGGUUUAGUUGGAUAUCAUUUAAAUGUGCUUCAUACUACAGAGAUUGUGAAAUUUUCUUAUCAAAUUUUAAAAAUAAAACAACUGAAUAA